AUGUCCCCAUCACAUAUGUACGGUAAUUAUGUCGAAGAAGAAUAUCCAGAAGUAAUUGAUACUAGCCUGUAUUCAGGCCAACUAGAUGGACUAAGGUCUGAAUAUGAAGAAACUCAAACAAUACUGACGGAUAAUUGCAGUCAAUAUGGAAUUACUGCUACAUGUUUUGAUACAUAUGAAAAUUUACUUUGGAUUGGAAAUCAGCUGGGUUAUGUUACUUCAUAUUAUAGUGCAGAUAUGCAAAAAUAUACAAUGUUCAGAGUUCAUUCAGACGAAGAGGUUCGUUCACUAUUGACCACUGAUUCUACUUUGUUAGUUCUUACGCCUACUAUACUGCGAUGUCAGAUGCGCAGGGGCUUACCAAUUUUUACUCACAG